CCUUCGACCUCGCUUAAGCAAUAUCAACAAACAAUAUCUUGCACGCAAUAAAAACACACAAAAUCCAUUUCUUCUUGUAUUUUAACCUUUAUUUUUUCUUGAAUUCAGCAGUAAUGGAUCAAAUCGAUUCGAUUGAAGAGUUAUUAAAUCAAUUCAGAAAUUUAUCAAAUUCUUACUUAUCUAAUUAUGAGCCUCUGGUCCUUGUUCUCGCUCCUCUCUUCACUCUUCUCGUCGCCAAUUUUCUCAACUCGUUGUUCGUCGUGUUUUAUGAAAAUGGAGUCAGAGCUACGGUUUUAGGGUUUAUCAUGAGAACUAUCAAGUUGGUACCUUGGGUUAAGAGCUACAUAGAUGCAGAAAAGCAAAAGGUUGUGGAUAAGUUGCAAUCUGGUAGUAAAUCUGCACGAGAGAGCUGGAGGUCGGAAUUGCCAAAAGAGGGCUUAGGAACGGGGGUAAUUGAGAAAAUGAAGGAAGAGAAAAGGAAAGAUGUAGCCUGGCAAGGAAAAUGCUCUGGUACAGUCUACAUUGGAGGAAGUGAAUCCGAAGGACAUUUUUCUUUGAUUAAUGAGGCUUGUUCAAUGUUUGCACACACCAAUCCAUUGCAUCUCGAUGUAUUCCAGAGUGUAGCGCGAUUUGAGGCAGAAGUAGUCACAAUGACAGCAUCACUAUUUGGUAGCAAAGAAAAGACGUCCGGAGGACAAAUAUGCGGGAACAUGUCAUCUGGUGGAACUGAAAGUAUACUAUUGGCUGUGAAAUCAUCCCGAGACUAUAUGAAGGCUAAGAAGGGAAUAACGAGACCUGAAAUGAUCAUACCCGAAUCUGCACACUCAGCAUAUGAUAAAGCAGCACAAUACUUUAACAUCAAGUUGUGGCGUGUUCCAGUAAAUAAAGAAUUUCAAGCAGAUGCCAAAGCCAUUAGACAGCACAUUAGCAGGAAUACUGUUUUGAUUGUUGGAUCUGCGCCAGGAUUUCCUCACGGCAUCAUUGAUCCUAUUGAGGAGCUAGGCGAAUUGGCUUUUCGAUAUGGGAUAUGUUUCCAUGUUGACCUCUGUCUUGGUGGUUUUGUAUUACCUUUCGCUCGCAAGCUUGGGUAUCCGAUUCCACCUUUUGACUUUUCUGUUAAAGGAGUAACCUCAAUGUCCGUAGAUGUUCAUAAAUAUGGGCUGGCUCCCAAAGGAACAAGUGUGGUUCUGUACAGAAACCAUGAUAUUAGAAAGCAUCAAUUUGUUGCUGUCACUGAGUGGUCAGGUGGGCUCUAUGUGUCUCCUACCAUUGCUGGAAGCAGGCCUGGGGGUUUAAUAGCUGGGGCUUGGGCAGCAAUGAUGUCUCUGGGACUAGAAGGGUACUUGGAGAACACAAAAGCAAUAAUGGAAGUGUCAAAGAAAAUACAGAAAGGAAUAGAGGAGAUGCCAGAGUUAUUUGUUAUUGGGAAGCCAGAUAUGACAGUUAUUGCAUUUGGAUCAAAUGUUGUUGACAUAUUUGAAGUCAAUGAUAUUUUAACAUCAAAAGGCUGGCAUUUAAAUGCAUUGCAGAGACCCAACAGCCUUCAUAUCUGUGUAACUCUGCAACAUGUGCCGGCUUUUGGAGACUUCCUUCAGGAUUUGAGGGAAUCUGUGAAAACUGUGAAAGAAAAUCCAGGACCUAUAAAAGGUGGGCUAGCUCCAAUUUAUGGUGCUGCAGGGAGGAUACCAGAUAGAAGUAUGGUUCAGGAGUUACUAGUAAAUUACAUGGACAGCACAUGCUAGUGUUGUAAUUCACUAUGUUAUUCCCCCCCUUAAAUUGCUUUCCAUAUACUUGAUUGUACCAGAAAGUUUAUUUCAAUAAUGAAUGAAAAAUAAAACCUUUUAUUUUGGUUUAUAAUAA